UUAUUUCCAUUUGGCAUGGGUUCUUUAUGGAAAACUUUGACAUCCAUUGCAAAAGACAAUGACGGGAGAAGGCCUUUUAGAUCAUCCAUCAGAAUAUCUCCAUCGUUUGGGAUUAUAAAGGCACCGUGCAUCAUAUCCUUUAUAAACAUCCGCCUUGUAGAAUCUUCAAUGGCAUACUGUCUACAUUUAAUCUCUCCAAGUCUCGUCAACCUCGGCGUAACUCCUAUGAGAAAGGCCUUGCCAGGGGGAUUCCGAGUUGCUUCUCUGAGAUCCACAACUAGGUUUCCCAGUAUACGAGCAGUGCAAGAGAGUGAGGGUCCUCGGAGGUUGAUUGACAUCAUCCGCUUCAUCCCCGAGCUUUCAAGCAACUAUUUCAGAAGCCCUUCUCGGAGGGCACUGUUUGGUGGGAUUUCAUUACUAGGUGGAUUCUACGUUGCACAAACCAUAUCUUUAUCAUUUGGUGCUUUAGGAGUGAAUGAUGUAAUUGCUGCGGUAAUAUGUGUUCUCCUCACCGAGUACGUAACCAGAUUUUAUUACAGUCGGCCCAAAGUAACAUUUUCUCUUGCUCUCCUCAAUAAUUUUAAGAUGGGAUUUACCUACGGCCUUUUCAUUGAUGCUUUCAAGCUUGCUAGUUGAGAAAGGGGGAAAGAGAGCUGAAAUUAAGAGCUUUUCCUCUUUCUAUAUUUCAGCCUUGUAUGUAAAUACUUGUUAUUGAAUUCAACAUAUAUCAGCACCUUACAAGGAUUCAAAUCUCUUAGAAUACGUGUCAGUUCUUAUUGUUUCA